AGUAAGUCAAGGCACAUCUUUCUCACAUGAAUUUUGUGGUAAAAACUGGCUGCGGGAACCCUGUGUCCUAUUAAUUGUCCUCAGUUCCUCCUCACUAUUAUUGCGUAAUGUCGCAGCGCAGACUCACAAGUCGUUUUUCCGGCCCGUUUUUCCACGAGGGUAGGUGGUAGCGUUUUCCACGAAAAAUUCUGAAUUCGAAAACCAAUUUACUCACUUUUUACCCCCAAAAUGGAUUUAAGAGAAAAAGAAAAUAACUACCAAGAUAACUACGCUAGUAAUUUACCAAGUAUGAAUUUUUCGGGGGGUGCAGGACCUUCAUCAAUGUCACCUUACCUUAACAUUGACCCAUCCUAUCUAAACCAGGGUGGUGCAGAGUUUGUCUUUCCUACUGACAGCAAGAAGAGAAGGGGAUGGGGAGAAAGGAUGUUUUCUGGUAUAGGAACAUCAUAUAUGUUAGGUCUUGCCACAGGAGGUAGUUAUGGUCUUUAUGAAGGUUUAAGAAACCCUGAUGGAAAAACACUAAAACUCCGAGUAAAUAGUGUUCUUAAUGGCUGCACAAGAAGAGGCCCUUUUCUAGCAAACAGUCUGGGUAUACUUGCUCUGAUGUACUGUAGUCUAGACAGUCUUAUUGGUAAAGUAAGAGGUGAAGAAGAUCAGCUCAACUCUAUCGCUGCUGCUACUUGUGCAGGAAUGAUCUUCAAAUCUACUGCUGGCGUAAGACCAAUAGCUAUCGCUGGUGCUAUUGGUGGUUCAUUAGCUGCGGCUUAUCACUUUGGAGAAAAGCUUCUAGAGGGACGAGGACAGACAAUGUCGACUGCACCCAAUUGGGCAUAAAAACAUGCAUUAACACACAAGAAAAUGAGGAAAAAUGAGAAAAGAAAAUGAAAGAAAAAUGAGAAGGGGAUUCAAUCAUGAUGUGAUGAGGAAAAUCAGUGAAAUAGUGAAGUGAAAUGGUUUUACUUGACACAAAAAGCUCUUGGGAUGAGAAUUACAUCUGGAGAGGAAACAACCAUUGAUGAAAUGCCGUGCAGAAGAAUAUGAGCACUGAAAAUGUGCUGAGGAAAAAUGGAAAAUGAAAUGAAUUGGGAAGAUCACAAGAGAGAGGUUAAGUCAAGUCAUGAAGUUGACCAAAACAGAGAGUCUUCGUUGGAUCUAUCAGAAACUGAGAGCAAACAAAAAACCUUUUUACAAAUAACUCAAACAAAAUAGCAACACAUUCGUGGUGUAUGAACAUUAUGUCGCAUAUCUGUUCUUUAAAUUUAAUUGUUGAAAUGCUGUGGUUGGCACAUUGAACACUUUCUAAAAAUCUUGGAUGCAAAACUAACUGGAAAAUAUGAAAGAAAUGGCACAAAUUCUAUUAAGAAAAAGUGAAAAUAAUUUCUUUUGUGUUUUACUGUUUGAAUAAAUUUUUAUUUUUUUUUACAUAAACUCAUAACUAUGAGCUGCAGCCCGAGAUUUGGUUUUUGACUACUGUCAUUCAAAAAGCAUUCAACAACUUUUACAUUUUUGACUGGCAGCAAUGAAAAGCCAUGUUCUAACAAGCAAGAUGUAGCUGAGUUUGUGUAAUAUUGAAAAUUACAGUUGAGGGGGUACUCAAUUAUGACCAUUGUAGCCGAGAUGUAUAAAUGUAUUAAAUGUCAUAAACAUGUGUGUUGCAUCAUUCACAUUGAUCUUAGUUUGUGUUAUCAUUUAAAACAUUUAUUAAGGAUUAUUUCAGUUGCACAGUUAAUAACGGAGUAAAAUAUUUAACGGAGCUUAAUAUGCCAAGGGCAUUAGCCAUUCUGAGCUUGAGGAGAAAAAAUCAAGUUGGCAUUGCAGAGCACUGUGGGGCCUGUUUUAAGGACAUUUCCAAGGUGGUGUCUAUUUGUCGACCCUAAAAUGGCUUCAUAAUACACUGCAGUGCCAAUUCAACCCAGUUUUCCCUCAAUUUUUUAAUGCCCAAUUUAGAUAUCAGAUAGAGUGCAAACAAUAUCACCGUGAAACUUUAGUAAUACUAAAUAGCACAAUUUCAUGCAAAUUCCAUUGUUUUCUAUUGUUUAAUUAGCACUGUUUUGUACUAUUUAGUAAUUAGUGUUUCACGGAUUAACUGUUUGCACUCUAAGAGACAAUGAACUACAACUAGAUUAAGGUCAACAGGAACGUUAAAGUUGUAUUAAUUUUUUAUACUCUGUUUAUUUUAUUGAUACUACAUUGAGCCACAUUAUGGCUUGUUUGUCCUUGCUAGCAGAGUAUCCCUUGUUAGCGAUUCUUGUCAGAGAAAAUUUCUCCGAGGGAGACUAAGAAUCACCAAUGAGGAAGACUAUGCUAGCGGGGAAGGUCUGUUUGUAAAAAGAAUUUUAAACCAUGUUGAACAGUAAAGUUACAUCAAUCUAAACUUUAAA